GAGGCAAGUCCAGCUCACACCCUGGCCGGGGGCAGGGAUGGGGCAGGUGGGGAAGGCUCCUGCUUGAGCAAUUGCAUCAGGCCCAGGCUGAGCAUAAAGGAGGGUCCUGUGGGCUGGGAGGAGGCAGACUCGGGGACCAUGGAGACCCAGAGGGCCAGCCUCUCCCUGGGCCGCUGGCCACUGUGGCUACUGCUGCUGGGACUAGCGGUGCCUUGGGCCAGCGCCCAGGCCCUGAGCUAUAGGGAGGCGGUGCUUCGAGCUGUGGAUCGCCUCAAUGAGCAGUCCUCAGACCCCAAUCUCUACCGCCUCCUGGAGCUGGACCUGCCGCCCAAGGCUGACGAGGACCCAGACGCCCCGAAGCCUGUGAGCUUCACGGUGAAGGAGACCGUGUGUCCCAAGAGGACACAGCUGCCACCGGAGCAGUGUGACUUCAAGGAGAAAGGGGUGGUGAAACAGUGUUUGGGGACAGUCAACCUGUACCAGCUCAGAGACAACUUUGAUAUAACAUGUAAUGAGCUCCAGAGUGUCAAGAUCAUUAACCUUCCAUGGAGACCACCACCGCGGAAGAGACCUAUUAGAGUGAUUUAUGUAUAGUUCAGAGAUUGGGCUGAUUAUCAGCAUAUCAAGGAUUUUUCUUUAAUCUUGAGGUAGCUAAGAUUCCUAAAGAUCAGCUUGUUUCCUCUCAGG